AGAACACACCACAAAAUACUAAACAUAUAAUCUCUUUGUGCUUUCUCAAGAACCACUUAGAGAUAAACCAAUGGAGGCAAUGAAGAUGAGACUCUUUGUGGCGGUUUUGGUGGCAGCGAUGGCUCUCUCUGCCGUGCAACAGGCUGCCGCGGUGGAGGCUCCAGCUCCGAGUCCUACCUCCGACGCUUCCUUGGCCAUCCCAGCUUUCUUCGCCUCUGUAGCCACUUUGGCCUUUGGAUUGUUGUCAUCAACCCCUUACGCCGCCGGUGGAUGCUGCCGAGAAACGCCUCCGCUUCAGUCCCCGUGGUCUGCUUUACAACGCCGCGGUGUUAAAGUUAACGCGAUUCAGCUAAGGGCAGGGAAUGUAAUUGAACGAACAGGACGUACUUUUCGGGUUGUAGAAGCAGAGCAUAAACAACAAGGUAGAGGAGGAGCUUCCAUACAGGUUGAGCUUCGUGAUGUUGACACUGGGAAUAAGCUUAACUUACGGUUUGGAUCUGAGGAGUCUGUUGAGAAAGUUUUUGUUGAGGAGAAAUCUUUCACGUGUUUGUAUACAGAGGGAGAUACUGCAUUUCUGAUUGAGCCUAAUACGUUUGAACAAGUUGAAGUGCCACUGGACAUAUUUGGCAAAGCUGCCGUAUAUUUAAAAGAGGAAAUGAAAGUUCAGUUGCAGCUGUAUGAUGGAAGAGCUUUAUCUGCAUCUAUCCCUAAGCAUAUUACAUGCACAGUUGUAGAAACACAAGAUCCCAUGAAAGGCCUAACAUCAGCUCCUCGGUACAAGAGAGCGCUCCUGGAUAAUGGUUCCACUAUUCAGGUACCAUCUUAUCUCGAGGCAGGUGAAAAGAUUGUGAUAAACACUGAGGAUGACUCUUUUGUUAAGAGGGACAACAAAUGAAACUCUUUUGAGUAGUCGUUGAAUGCUUCUCUUAUGGAGGAGAAGUUGAGAAGCAUUUGAUAGAAAGAUUAGGGGUUUAGUGUUUAUGAAGCUAUUAUUAUUGUUCCAGUUGUCAUAAUCUCGGAGCUUCUAAGACUUGCGUGGAUUAAUGUGUUACAAAUUAUAUAUGUGAAGUCUUCCAGAGUGUAUACAAAGAUUACAGAUUCAUAAAGGUUAAUUAUUUUU